AUGGCCUCAAACGAAAUCAGAUCUUCUCCAGAUAGAAGAAAUUCAAGUGAAUCUGCAGACCAGCAAUGGCAACCAUUCGCCAAAAAAAAACGAAUAAGAAGCAGUCCUGGGGAAACCAUGGCCAAAAAACGCCAAACAUACAUCAAGGACUAUUGGUUAAGUAAAACAAUAAUCUCCGAAAAUCCGUUUAAUCCACUAGCCACAGAUGAAGACACAGAAAAUAAUACUCAGAAAGUAUGUGAAGAGAAAAUCUCCAAAUCACCUCCAAUAUUUGUCAGUGGAGUCGAGGACAUAGGACCGCUUACGAAAUUGUUGGAAGAAAUUGACGGCAAAAACUAUAGCCUGAAAAUCCUGGCCAAUAACCAAGUAAAAAUCCUGCCCAGCAUGUCAGAAAAAUAUCUACCAAUCAUCGAAGCCUUGAAAAAGAAAAAGACAGAAUUUUACACCUAUCAAAGAAAGCAGGAUAAAUCGUAUAAAGCGGUUUUAAGAAACAUGCACCCAUCAACGGAUCUUGAAGAUUUAAAAGCUGCCAUCGAAGAAUAUGAACAUAAAGUAACCAGGAUUACAAAUAUACGAGAAAGAACUACACAAAAACCUCUACCACUAUUCAUAAUAGAGAUUGAACCUAAAGAUAAUAAUAAAUCUAUUUAUAACAUCGAUAAGCUACUGAAUAUAAUCGUCAGCUUCGAACCACUUCGUAAAAAAAGGGAGAUUCCUCAAUGCCAGAAAUGCCAGGGUUACGGUCACAUAAAAACUACUGCUUUAAAAGUCCGUUACAAAGGCUGUUUAGUGCGAAAACAAUUACAACAAAAAUUAUAUCCAACGUUAAGAGAAAAAUCUGCAAACCAACAAACCCAGAGCCAGUUACAAAGCCUUAACCGCUUCGUAAAACCAAAUAUAUCGUACGCGCACACUGUGAGAUCCGACCAUAAACAAUACACAACAAAUAUCACUCAGCCUCAAAUAGAAACACAAACGACGACAAACACAUCAGUAACAACAACAA